UCUCCUUUGUUUCUCAUAUUUUUCUUCUUGGUCUAAGAUUUUGACAUUUCUUCUCCUCCUCCUGCAAUUGUAGGGAUCUGAAUUUUACGCGAGCUCGGCCUGUCAACUGUGGCACGCGCUUUUGAAGGACGGCUCUUAGCAGGUGGAUUAAAGGCUUUGUUGCAAUUAGUUGAGUUGCUGUUUUCAGUUUUUUUAGCGUGGGAGAAGUGAAAGGCUUUUUUGUGAUGGGGAUGUUUGAUGGAUUUCCCAUUCCUCCAGAUAAAGAACAUUUAAGGGAUGAACUUUCAAGAAUAGAUGAGAGUUGGGCCACAGCACGUUUUGAUUCACUACCCCAUGUUGUCCAUAUCCUGACAUCAAAAGAUCGUGAAGGUCAGCUCCAGAUUUUGAAGGAACAAAGUGAUGUUGUUGAGGAUGUCGUAGAUGAAGUUGUGCAUGCUUACCAUGGGGGCUUCAACAAAGCAAUUCAAAAUUAUUCUCAGAUCUUGCGGUUAUUCAGCGAAUCUUCUGAAAGUAUUGGCGUUUUAAAGGGUGACUUGACUGACGCUAAACAGUGUCUAGGGGUACGCAAUAAACAAUUGCAUCAGCUGUGGUAUCGAUCUGUUACAUUGCGUCACAUAAUCUCCGUGUUGGAUCAGAUUGAGAGCAUAGCUAAGGUUCCUGCUCGUAUUGGGAAGCUCAUUUCUGAUAACCAAUUUUAUGCUGCGGCUCAAUCGCUUGUUCAGUCAACAUUGAUGCUUGAGCGAGAGGGCCUCCAAAUGGUUGGUGCUCUCCAAGAUGUUCGAUCUGAGCUGUCAAAGUUGCGAAGUGUUCUGUUCUAUAAAGUUUUGGAGGAUUUGCAUGCACAUCUUUACAAUAAGGGUGAAUACAGCUCAAGUGCAUCAAGCUUGCAUGAUAAGGAUGAUGAAGUGCCUACAACCACAGCUGUUGCAUUUACUGCAAAUUCUACUCAUCCCGUCUCUCGAAGAACCAGGUCAGUGAGACUUGAUAGCAUGUUUGGCAGUCAGGGACUUGUAGAUGGAUCAUACAAGCCAGGUUCCAUUGAUGGAGGUUCAUCAUAUGAUGGCCAUGAUGAGGAUGGUUCUUUGGAGACGCAUGAUAAUGAUGGUGAUGCAAAAGAUGGCAAAGUUAUAUCCCAUCAGAUGCCAUUGUGGCUUUCGAGUUCUACUCCCGAUGAAUUUGUUGAAGCAAUCAAAAAGAGCGAUGCUCCACUUCAUGUGAAGUAUUUGCAGACCAUGGUGGAGUGCCUCUGCUUGCUUAACAAAGUAGCUGCAGCUGGGGCUGUAAUAUGCCAACGAUUGCGACCCACAAUUCAUGAGAUUAUCACUUCCAAGAUUAAAGAGAAUGCAGAAUUCAUUAAUUCUUCAAGGUCUGAAAUUGAUAAGGCCAAUCGAAUUGGUAACUCCAGUGUCCACUUUAUAAAAGGACAUAUAGAAAGCUACUGGUUACCUAAACAGAAGCGUCAUAAUGGGAUGUCAUUGGCCGGGACUCUGUUGGCAGUGAGCCCUGUCUCACCUGUGAUGGCUCCUACAGGAAAAGCACAAGCUGCUGCAAAAGAACUUCUUGAUUCAAUUUUGGCAACUGUUGUUCAGAUAAUUGAGAAUCAUGUUGUUGUUGGGGAGCUUAUUCAGUCAAAAUCUUCCCUACAAAGUAACCCAAACAUACAAAAGUCGAUGUCAACAAAUGUAGACCUUGAUUCUGAAGCAUCUCAAGUUACUGGAGGUUACAGUAUUGGCUUUUCCUUGACGGUUUUACAGAGUGAAUGCCAACAACUCAUAUGCGAGAUUCUUCGAGCAACCCCUGAGGCUGCGUCAGUGGAUGCCACACAAACUGCCAGGCUUGCAAACAAGGUUCCUACAAAUGAAAAAAGGGAUGGUUCAGAAGAUGCAUUCACUUUUGCCUUCCGUUUCACAGAUGUUACUGUUUCAGUUCCAAACCAGGGAGUUGAUAUCGUUCGCCAAGGAUGGAAUAAGAAGGGUCCCAAUGUUUCACAAGAGGGUUAUGGCUCUGCAACUGUCUUGCCUGAGCAAGGCAUUUAUCUAGCAGCAUCUUUGUAUCGGCCUGUUCAUCAGUUUACAGACAAGCUUGCUUCUAUGCUGCCAACGAAGUAUUCCCAGCUUGUGAAUGAUGGAUUGCUAGCCUUUGUGGAGAACUUUGUGAAAGACCAUCUUUUACCAACCAUGUUUGUUGACUACCGGAAAAGCGUACAACAAGCCAUAUCAAGUCCAGCUGCAUUUCGACCACGGGCACAUCCAGGUGUUUCAUAUAAUUCAUCCAUUGAGAAAGGUAGACCUGUCUUGCAGGGGCUUCAGGCUAUUGAUUCCUUAGCAAAAGAGGUGCUUGGUUGGGUUCAAGCAAUGCCUAAAUUUGCAGCUGAACUUGUGAAGUUUGUGCAAACUUUCCUUGAGCGAACCUUUGAAAGAUGUCGAACUUCAUACAUGGAGGCAGUUCUUGAGAAGCAGAGUUAUAUGGUCAUCGGAAGACAUGAUAUUGACAAAUUGAUGCUACUUGAUCCGGCUAAUGUGUGCUUACCAAAUGCACUUGGUCAGUCAAAUGUGGCAACUAUUGUUUCUGAUACAGAAAGUAUUGAGAUUGAAUCAGAACUAAGUGAACUCCUCUUAAAUUUGCGUCCUAUUAAGCAGGAGAAUUUAAUUCGUGAUGACAAUAAACUUGUUUUGUUGGCAUCCCUUAGUGAUUCAUUGGAGUAUGUUGCAGACUCCAUUGAAAGACUUGUACAAGCAACCCCGCUAGCAGCAUUAAACCAUGUGGACAGUGGCAAUCCUAGCAAUAAACAAACAAGCAGUUCACCAGCUAGGGAUCUGGCAUCAUUUGCAGAUGAGUACAGGAAACUAGCAAUUGAUUGCUUGAAAUUUCUACGUGUGGAGAUGCAGCUGGAGACAAUUUUUCAUUUGCAGGAAAUGACAUAUAGGGAAUACCUGGAAAACCAAGAUGCGGAAGAGCCUGACGACUUUGUUAUUUCACUUACUGCACAGAUAACACGCAGGGAUGAGGAAAUAGCACCUUUUGUUGCUGGAGUGAAGCGGAAUUACAUAUUUGGUGGAAUAUGUAGUAUUGCAGCAAAUACAUCACUUAAGGCUUUGGCCGACAUGAAAUCGAUCAACUUGUUCGGAGUUCAGCAGAUAUGUCGGAAUUCAAUUGCUCUAGAACAGGCCCUUGCAGCUAUCCCUUCAAUUGACAGCGAAGCUGUACAACAGAGACUCGAUCAUGUCCGAACCUAUUAUGAACUGUUAAAUAUGCCAUUUGAGGCCCUGCUUGCCUUCAUCACCGAGCACGAGCACUUGUUCACCGCUGCAGAGUACGCUAAUCUUAUAAAAGUCAAAGUCCCCGGAAGGGAGAUGCCUCCUGAUGCACAAGAUCGAGUAUCAGAGAUUUUAUCUCGUUAGCACUUGAAGUGGCUCAAUUAUGUCUUCCAAAUCAUACGAUUUGGAUAAUUUCUCGACUCCCUAUCAGUGCAGCAUGAAGUUUAAGCCUUUUCCUUUGAAGUUAUUGCCCGACAUGCGCCAACUACCGGUAAAUUUUUGUGAGAUACCAGAGACAUGAGGUUUAUUCUAUUUGCAUUCCCAACUAUAUUUAUUAUUCGUGUAGUAUCAAUUUUGUGAGCUUCGUGUUUCUCCGUGUGUUCUCACUGCUUUGGUUUAGCAUCGAUUACAAGAGCUUAAAGUAACAAUGUCAUGUUAUGUUGUUAAUUACAUGCUACUUGUUCUGUUAUUAUGGACA